UACACCAGUAUGACUGGAUCGAAACCGAAACGGCAAUCCAGGAAGUACACCUGUCCUGUUAUGGCGUGACUGGCCGUGUGGGACUGGUAGGCAUUUGUGGUUUGUUUUCCAAUGGCAGCGGCAGAUGUGAGAACAUGUAGUAUAUGUAUUGAACAGUUUAAAGAGCCCAAAUUGCUGCCAUGUUUCCAUACAUUUUGUUUACAUUGCUUACAACACUAUGUCGCGACGUCUGUACAGGACGGCACGUUUAACUGUCCGGUGUGUAGGUAUGAGGUCACGGUACCCGAGGGCGGCGUGUCGGCAUUUCAGACCAACUUCUACAUUGAAGCUGAGGCCGACCGACAGGCGUACACGCCCAGUCAGAAGUGUGACAUAUGUUCAAAUCCCGCCGACAGAAAAUGCCUUGAAUGCUCACAGUUUUUUUGUAAAUCGUGCACAGCAUUCCAUAGUUCCCUGGGUGCGACUAGGUCACACACGACCAUUACACUAGGGGAAGUGGAGGAAGACAGUGCAGUUAUUUCAAGACCUCAGUUUUGCAUUAAACAUAAAGGUGAGGUGAUGCGGUUUUAUUGUCGUCCGUGCGAGAAGCCCAUUUGUCGAGAUUGUAAACUGACGUCACACGAAGGCCAUAAAACGGUAGAUUUGUGUGAUUUGGUGGCUGAUGCAAAAUCUUCUUUGGCGAAAGCUAAAGUAGGCUUUGAAGAGUGCAUAAACACGUUGGGUGGUGACCUCCGAUUAAUUGAUGUUAAUAGAGCGAGUCUAGAAAGCACUCGGGUAAAGAAGUGUGCAGAUAUAAAGAGGUUAGCCGAUGCAUUAAUUGACUUGAUUAAGAAACACAGCACUGAAGAAAUAGAAAAAAUAAUUGAUAUUGAACAAUCCGCGGGUAAGUGUCUAGAAGAAAGAAGAUCCCAAGUUGCAAGAAGUAAGCGUUACCUGCAAGCCCAGAUUGAUCAUGUGAUCAUGAUUAUAUCUACUGGACUUGACGCAGACGUGAUAACAACAGCAAACGAAGUAAAGAAAGUUCUACAAAACGUGAAAGGUAAAAAGGAAGCAAGUCUUGCAAGUAUACUUACGCUGGAAAAUCCAUUCAAUCAAGAACUGUUAAUAACUAAACAAAUGAAAAUUUUAGCAAAUACCAAUGUAUUUUUAGCAUCCCACAUUAUUGCUUCAAAAGCAGUUGAGUUGAAAAUAAGAUCAACCUUUACCUUUGUUCCCGAGCCGGUGGAUGUGAUAGGCCCUCUUUCAAAUAUCAACAGUGUAUGUAUCGGUUACACGGCUAAAGGAUGCCAAAACAAUUGUCUGAUUCUAGUCAACGUAAAGGGUCAAAUCACCAAGAAAUUUUUUGUUCAACAUGACCGAUACAGACAUAUCAGAAUGCAGGGUAUACAAUUUCUCCUGCCCGAGUGGAAUACAGAGAGCCACGAGAAUUCGGUUGAACCCUCAAAUGAUGAAGCACACAAGACGUGCGUGUUUCUUGGAAAACAAAUUCCAUUAGUUGAUAAAAAUGCAAAUGGUGACAUCUGCAAAAUUGAUACUAAUAAUAAAUCUGUAGAGAUCGAUCUAGCUGACGGAAGUGUGAUUCCCUGUAAUAUGGAUGAUAUACCGGAAUACAAAAUAGGGUUUUCUCCGCGUGAUGUCUGCUGGGGAUUAAAAAAUGACAUCUUUAUUGCAGAUUUCGGACUAAACGUAGUUCAUCGAUAGGUCUUGUCAGAGGGAUUCAAAGAGUGCUAUGUCACAGGGCAACCAUCAUUUUCACCAACAGCCGUUGCUAUGGACACCCAUGGAAAAUUGUGGAUUGGUGAAACAACUGGUCGAAUUUCUGUAUGCUAUGCAUACAAAUAAAAACUUGCUUUCAGACUUAUAAACAUGUCCUGGUUGCCACUAAAUAUUCUGUUGGUUACCUUUUAUUACAUAUUUGCCGUAUGCUACUUUAUGUUGUGCACCAAGACAAUAAAAAUCAUUAUUGUUGAAAAUAGAA